CCGCCCGCUACCCCGUCGAUCUUCACAGGAUCUUGAGCGCCGUCGCCGAUCUCCGUCGCACCAUCCUUAGCCCCGCCGUCGACCGCAGCCACGCCACACCGUUCGCCGCCAGGCCUGACGCCGCCGCCGCAGCCCGCCAACGCCGCCACCCUCGCUCCUUCGCACCCGCCGCUGACAUCGCGCGCCUUCAGGGAGUUGGGAGGAUCGAAAGAAUGGCGUGGGGCAGCUGGAAGGGUUCACGGCCGCACACGCGGCGACGCCGUACGCUUCAUCGACGAGCAUCAGAAACCGCCGGCGCCGCCGGAUGGCAACGCCGCUCAGCAUCGUCUUGGCCUGUUGGCCAUGAUGGACAAGGACGCCCUGAUCUCUUCGCUGGCGACCCGGGAGGCCGUCGGCCAAGGACGCCAUGAACCACCGCUGCCGCCGCCGCCGCCGCCGGAUCCAAGCUUUGGAGGCCGUGGGAGCGGGGGGGCCGUGGGAGCUGGGGGGGCCGUGGUAUCCGGAUGGGGGGAAAGCCAACAUGGGUUCGCGGCGAAGUUCGCCACCCGCGAGGACGUUGACGCCGCUCUUCGCGCCGAGCGCCCACCUGACAAGAUGCCGGACCUUCCUCACUGCCUCGCCAGCGACCUCCGAGUGCCGAAAACGUUCAAGGAGGCCAUGCGGUCUCAACAUUUGUGGGAUGAUGCAGUCGGUCGGGAGUUUUUCGGUCUGCUGGAUGCAGACGAGUACGGAUGGCCGACGAAAUUCAAGGCACGACUUGUAGCGCGAGGGGACAUGCAGAGGGCUUCGAUUGAUUUUGGAGAAUUGUUUGCACCCACCGUAUCCGUGUCUAGUGUGCGUUUGUUGGCAGCAUUGGCAUGUGAGCAGAACCUUGACUUGUGCCAUUUCGAUAUUCAGCAGGCAUUUGUGCAGUCUGAACUUGAAGAGGAUGUUUUCAUGCGUCUCCCGCAAGGUUGUGGUUGGUUAUCUGGACUUUUCGUGGAGCUAUUCCAGAGGCAGAAGGAGAGGUGUGACAAGUUUGGCAGUGACCUCAACGAGAUGGUCCCCGUGAAAAACCUUGGGGAGUUGAGGUGGUACUCCGCGCGCUUUUACCAGAGAGGUCUAGAGAGAGGCCUUUCGAGGAUCUCGCAGCAAAGGUUUGCAGAAGAGUUGGCUGCAGAGUACGGCGUUGAGUGGGGGAAGAGUGUGCCCUUGCCUGUGAGCGUGAAGCUCACCGACUUUGACGAAAACGAAGCGUGUGCUGAUGUCCCGUUUCGCGAGUUGGUAGGAUCUCUGAUGUGGUUGGCCACUCAAACCAGGCCGGACAUCGCGAAUGCAGUACGAGCAGUAGCGCGGUAUUGCGCGUCUCCCAAGAUGGUGCACUGGAAGGCAGCACUUGGUAUUUUAGGGUACGUGCGUAGGACGAGUUGGAUGGGGAUUACAUUUGAGAGGGGAGUGGUCACUGGCAUGAGCAUGCAGGUGUUUGUGGAUGCCGACUAUGCAAGCAAGGCAGCAGACCGUAGGUCGGUCUCAAAAGGACUAGUGAUGUGUGGAGGUGGGUGUGUGACUUGGUUUUCGAGGACGCAGAAGUGCGUUACGCUUUCNUAG